AAGUUCAAAGACGAUGCUUAUUGCUUCCCUUACUCGAUCGGGCCAUGCGGAGAGAGCUCCAGUAACACCGAUGACGUUGUAUAUCGGACGACCAUGGUCUGAUGAGCUCCUAGACUAGCUUCGGUGAAAAGAAAAGAAAAGAAAGAAAGGAAAAAGAAAUAUUUUUUUGGUGACCUUUCCCUUUCCCUCUCUCCGGUGAUCCUCAUUCCAUAUACCCGUUGUAAUCUGUUAUAUCUUUCAAUUCACUAUCAUUCUUAUCCAAUAAGGCAACGUCAUGUUGUGUGAGAUAUCCGGGUUGGAUGACCGUCACCCCACUUGUUGUCUUUGAAACCCUGGUCCAGAUCUUUUGACUACUAUAAGAACUGUCCUGAGUCUCACCCUCUGCAUAUCUCAUAUCCUCAUCACUUCCCUCCUUCAAGCUCACACCCCAAAUCUUCUCUUUUUCUUGUUUUCCCUUUCCCUUUUCCAAGAUCCACAAAGUCAAAAUGUCUAUUCCUGAGAUGCAAUGGGCUCAAGUCGCCGAGCAGAAAGGCGGUCCGCUCAUCUAUAAACAAAUCCCCGUCCCCAAGCCCGGACCAGAUGAGAUACUUGUCAAGGUUCGCUACUCUGGCGUUUGCCAUACCGACCUUCACGCCUUGAAGGGGGACUGGCCCCUCCCCGUGAAGAUGCCGCUGGUGGGUGGACAUGAGGGAGCUGGUGUUGUCGUCGCCAGGGGUGACCUGGUGACUGAGUUCGAAGUUGGCGACCAUGCUGGUCUCAAGUGGCUCAAUGGGUCUUGCCUUGCUUGUGAAUUCUGCAAACAAGCCGAUGAGCCCCUCUGUCCUCAUGCGUCGCUGUCUGGCUACACAGUCGACGGAACUUUCCAACAGUACGCCAUCGGUAAGGCCACUCACGCCUCGAAGCUUCCGAAGAAUGUUCCUCUCGAUGGUGUCGCCCCCGUCCUGUGUGCGGGUAUCACGGUAUAUAAGGGAUUGAAAGAAGCCGGCGUUCGACCGGGCCAGACCGUCGCCAUCGUUGGUGCUGGCGGUGGCCUCGGCUCUUUGGCGCUGCAGUACGCGAAGGCAAUGGGCAUCCGUGUGGUGGCCAUCGACGGCGGAGAAGAGAAGCAAGCCAUGUGCCAGCAAUUGGGAGCGGAGGCAUACGUCGACUUCACCAAGACCCAAGAUCUCGUUGCAGACGUCAAAGCCGCUACCCCUGAAGGCCUAGGUGCCCAUGCGGUCAUCCUUCUCGCCGUUGCCGAGAAGCCCUUCCAGCAGGCUGCCGAAUACGUCCGCUCGCGUGGUACCGUCGUCGCUAUUGGCUUGCCCGCCGGCGCCUUCCUCAGGGCUCCUGUUUUCAAUACUGUGGUCCGCAUGAUCAACAUCAAGGGUAGCUAUGUCGGUAACCGUCAAGAUGGCGUCGAGGCAGUUGACUUCUUUGCUCGCGGUCUGAUCAAGGCUCCAUUCAAGACUGCACCAUUGAAGGAUCUUCCGAAGAUCUUUGAGCUCAUGGAGCAAGGCAAGAUUGCCGGUCGUUAUGUGCUCGAAAUCCCCGAGUAA